AUGUCCCUCACGAGCAGUGUCGCGGCCACCCCUUCUGCAUCCUCCUCCACAUCCUCCCCAUCUAGUUCUCACACCAAUUUCUAUGGUUUUCCUCUCAUUAUCCUCGUCGUCGCAGUUGGUUUGUUCGCAGGUGUUGUCUUGGCUAUGAUUGCACUCCGCAGGCUGCAUCCUCGCAGGCUCAGUAUGAAAGAAGUGGACUAUGUGGUCAUCCCAGAGCUCUGGGAGUAUGUCAGUAUCCCGGACUGGGCGGACCGAGAAGGAGGCAGGUGGGCCGACCUAUUUCCGCUUUCUGCGAGCUUCUUCCCAGACGACCCCGCGGAGCCAGUGCAGUAUCGCAGUCAGAAGAUACAGCGGAGCUCGCGGAAUCCGUUGGCGCACCUCGUGCAACGGCUCUCGCGGGCGCAUCAGACGCUGAUCACCAUGAUGUACGGCCCCGACAUGCGUGUGCAGGUCGGGCGGCCGCAGCAGCGAGCGUCCGCGAAGGAAUCUAAGGAGGCCAGACGCGGCAAGCUCCAGGUUGCGGUGACCAUCGCGAUGCCCGGAUCUGGCCUCUUUCACGCAGACUCGAUUACGAAAACGAAAGACCCUACGAACGCUCCCGAACACAUGGCUGAAUAUUGCCUCGGAUUGACAGAGAUCCCAUGGCAUGUUAAACACCAGAUUUGA